CAUCGAUAUCAUCGACAAUUUAUACCCUUUGAAGAGCAAUCCUCCAUUGUCAUGCUACUACUGGACAGUAAGUCUGGUCCUUCGACAAUGUGCCAUCAAACGCCAACACUUAGCACUUACUCGCUUGGUGCAACGUAAACGUAAAGUACUUCACGAAACAUCUACCGCACACACAUAUCGGCGAGACCUUGAUUUGAUGGCUACUGUUUUUAAGAUUGCAGAGGAAUACUAUAGCACUCUGUUACAUGCGCAUGCGAACAUCGUUGCUGCUGAUAUCAUUGAAUGCUAUAGGACUUUGCAUCCGUUAUGCAUCUCGACUGUUGAUCAUUCCUUCUCUCUCUCUACCUGCUUCGAUUUAGCAUAUGAAUACCAUUUCUGUGGAACCGUUCUACAUGGUUCUAUCGUUGGUUGACAUCGAAACUUUGAGACAGAUCCGACUCGUGAAUAAGCAAGUUGCCGUAGUUGCGGCCGAGCACCUUUUCUCAGAAGUCACAGUCUUCGACAACGAGGAUAGUUACCAAAGACUUGUGGACAUAAGCACGCAUCCCGUCAUCUCGAAUUGUGUUCGUCACAUUAUCCAUCACAACGUUUUCCUGAACCCCGAACUCAGUACAUACAACGAGUGGAAGUCGCAAGCAAACCAGGAUUAUGAUUACGAAGAGUUUGCUCAACAAUAUCGCGCUAAUGACCAUGGGCAGUUCCUUCGGGCAUGGGAGACUAGGUCAACGCUUCAGCAAAGAAGCAGCACGACAGCAAGACAUGUGGACAACCAUGAGAGACUGGAAUUUUUUCGAAACAGCAAUCAAAAACUGAUUCAAUUGACCUGCGUGACUGGCAAGUGGAUGUCAUAUCGGCAGCCUAAGAUGGCCAAGCGCAUGUAUAAGGAUUUCAGCACUCAACCAUACUUCCAAAACCAGACUUCCGAGCGUGUCUCAAACCUCACAGAAGGGAUUAUGUACAAUAAGGCUCGAGAACGUGUAGUUGGGCAGAGACAAGUUUCUAUGGCCCUCAUCCUCUGCUCUUCAGCUCCAACUCCUCUUGCCAUAUUCACAGCCGAAAGGGUUGAUUAUGUUGCCUUUGUGCUACCGAGGGUGUACUAUCGUUCUUCCUGUUUGCAUCUCACAAAGCUCUAUCUCGAGAUCGGAACUGGUCUUUGA